GGACUUCCUAAUCCAUUCCUCGCAAACACCUCGUUGCGGUUCCUCCGCCAACGCCACGGGCGGCCCUGCCCCGGCCCUCUUCCCUCCUUCAGCCUCCCCGGCCCUGCCCGCCGCGCCGCCGGCCCCCGCGGGGAGGAGACAGCGGCAGGAGGGCGGCGGCGCUUCCCUCAGCGCCGGCAGGCCCAGCCCGGGCCGCGCCGGGCGUCGCAUCCGAAGGGACCAGCUGCCGAGAAGGGCUGCGGCCAGGCGGGUUGCCGCCGCGGGAGGGGAAAUUGGAUGGCUGAGUGAGAACUGGGUGUAUAGAAGAUUCAGGAUCGUUGCAGAGGAUUACAAGAUGCCUAAGGAAAUGCAAGAGCUGCAGAAGCAAUGGCACUCCAUAGUGCAGACCAUCCACAGCAACUCAAACGUUGUUGCAUUCAUGAACUCCCGUGUUGGCCAAUAUUUAGAUGACCAUCCUUUCGUUGCCUUAUCAGUCCUGGUGUUUAUUGCAGUGUCUGCUAUUCCCGUUGCAUUUUUCCUGAUCUUUGUUUUUGCAACAGCUGUAAUGGCCUGUAUCGGUGUGGUAGUCAUGGAAGGUUUUGUAAUAGCCAUAGGUGGCAUAGCCCUUCUUUGUGUGCUGUGUGGCCUGGGUGCACUGUCACUGGGAGUUUCUGGAGUACUGAGUAUUUCUUAUGUUGUUCUUUCAACUCUGGUCAACUACUGGUAUGCUUCAAGGGAUCAGAUACGGAAGCAAGAAGUCAAUGGAAGUUUGCCCCAGAAGAGUCCUCCUGUCUUGGAUCUUGCUGCCAAUAAUGGAAAAAGUGAAUAAGUGGGUUUCUCCCCACCUUCUUCAUAGGCACUUAACUGUACUAUUCUGACCUUUGCAAUGUACUUGUUUACUCAUUCAGCCUUUUUGCACUCUUUAUGGGAACUGAAAAAAAUCAAUACGCAUCUUACAUUUUCACUGUCUAAUACUAAGAAUAACCAUGAAGCAGCAGUACAUUGCAAUAUUAAGUCUAUGUGCAUGAUGGAAUGUUCCACAGAAUUUGGUAAAGGGAUGUAAUAGUAGCAGCUACUGAUAAGUCAGUAACAGGUGAAAGAAAGAGUAGGUAGGUAUUUGACUUCCCAUUUGUAACUGGAGUUCUGGAUAUACUAUCUUUUGAAACCUGUAUGCAGCAGUUGGUUAUUUUGAUACAUGAGUGUCAAAGCUGAGAACACCAGAAGUAUGUUUUGAAUGUUAAAAAAUAUUUUUAAGCCUUAACAGCCUUUGUUAAAAUAGUACGAGCACACCAUGCUAAUGCUUUAUAUUUAUUAUAUGAGGAAAAUUGGGGUUUGUCAUAUGUUAAAUCAUGGUGUAAGCUUUUAUAUACCUUUAGAUGUUGUAUUAUUCUGAAGGGAUAUUUUUGUUGUUCUCAUUGCCUCAUCGCAUCAAUGGUAUGCAGUUAGGUCUUGCAUUUUGUGAUGUUUGUUUAGGUAUUUAAAUUGCCUGUUUUGCUUCUCAGUUGUAACUUCUUGUAUGUUAUUUAAACUUUUUUUUUUUCAUUUCUGCAAAUGCUAUAGUAUUUUUAAGCAUUAAGAAAGUAUCUAACUAUAUUAGUUUAAUAAAGUGCUGUUUGUUUAACCAG